AUGAGCAACACCCCAGAACCCUCGCGCGCAUCUCCGCGGAUCCCGCUCGAUCUCGAAUGUCUCUACACCGGCCUCAUCGACUGCAACCUCGCAUCCACGCUUCGUCUCAUCCCUUCCUUCGAAGCUCUCACCUUCCACGCCCGACCCGGCAACUCGCCUACCCCCGUCAAACUCCUCAUCGGACGAUACGGCGACUCAGAUGUGUACGCCUGCCCCGACGGCUCGGUCCACCGGGUCGUCGUCCGAGAUAGCGCGCUACGGAAGAAGGGCACGGUUCUGGGCGUUGAUCGGCCUAUGGGAGACUCCUGCGCGCUGGUUCCGCCGUUUUCGUGGGGGAGGGCGCUUAAAGAGGGGUUGGUGAGUCCGAUGGGCGCGGAGGUGACGGCGCUGGUGCAGUUGUAUUGCGGUCUGUGGGCUGUGGAGAAUGGCAAAGCGGACCUGGAUCUGCCGGUGCCGCGGUACGGCGAUUUGGUUCGGGCGUUUGAGACGCUGCAGAAGGCCAUAGAGACCGACAAGAUGCUACAGCCCAGCAUGCGGAGUGUGCAGGUGGUGGAAGAUGAAGAGGAGGCGGGGGCGGGGGCGGAGGCGGAGGCGGAGGCGGAGGAGAUAGAGGGGAAGGCGGAGCGUGAAGAGUAUGGAGAAUGUUUUCAGAAAUCCUCACGGAUGCGCUCUCAGGGAGGAUGGCUCGCAUGA